GGGAAUGAAGGGUGAUGUGGGGGAGAUGUGUGGGGAAUCCAAACGUUGCGCUCCAUCCCAAUGGCUGGUUUUAGUUAAAACUAUUGAUCGCUGAGCUUCUGGGCUGUCUCUGGGCAGCAUCUGAGAAAUGACAUCACCUCUGUGUGUCUCUGCUGGCCGGCUGUGACUGCUGAAGUGUGAAUUCUGUGCUGGAGUCGGAGCGUGACCCGCCCCGAUAAAUAGGGCUGUUUGUGCUCCCGCAGAGGUCUGCGGGGCUGAGCCUUCCCUGAGGAUGGGAGCCCCCCUGCUCCCGUGGCUGCUGCUGCUGCUGCUGCUCGGGUCCCACUCUGCCCACGCAGCCAUCCUGGAGGUGAACGGGAACCUGAGCUGUAGGUGUGCCAAGACAACCUCGGAAUACAUCAGUCCCAAGAAAUACGAGAGCAUUGAGAUCAGGCCCCUGGGCAGCAGCUGCAGGCGCACGGAGAUCAUCAUUAAAUUAAGGACCUCGGGGAAGGUGUGUGUGAAUCCCGAAGCCCCCUGGGUGAAGAAGCUGCUGAAGCGCAUUGCCAGCACGAAGAAAAAAUAGGUUUCCUGCUAAGGAAGUUGGUGCCCAGAGCCCCGAGGCAGGUUGGCAGAUGAUGCCCAGGUGCGCGGACCUGGCUGCUCCUCACUUUGCCCUGUCUUCCUUCCCGAAAGCCCCGCGUCCGGCUCUGGUGGCAGUGGCUGUGGGGAGGGUGCCUCGCUGCUGGCCCCAGCCCCGUGGCAGGUUCGUGGGGGGGUUCUCCCAUGCUCUUGGUCCCCGGAUCAGCGUGAAUAUGAAUCCUUCGUUUAUUUAGUUGCCUGUGGUCUGCGAAACUGUUCCCUGUCAGAGGCUGCUCCUGCUUCUUUAGGAAUGAAUUUGUGACUUGUUCCAUGCGAAGUGCUCGGCAACACAGUGUGUGGCUGAGGGUUGUGUGGCAUAGCGUGGCGUGUCCUGUUCUGGAAGCUCAAGUCCAAUAAAAUUCAGGAUUUUUCUUUCUGCUGUAUUUUCCCUGGAU